AUGGGACUCUUUCGAAAACUUAAGAAAUUUAGUAGUGCUCAUAUAUCACCAUUAUCAUCAAAUGGUAAACAUCAAAUAGGAGAUGAAGAUUCAUCAUUUAAUCUUGAUUAUGGCCCUUUACCACGAAGUUUUUUUGAUGCAGUCAAUGGUGCUCGAGAACAGCAUGGUUAUGAAGCACUUCCUGUUCUCCCCCCUCGUAAACCGAAGCAUAGAAGAGAUAAAAAUUUUAUGAAUCAAAAUGUAAGACCUGAAUUUGGUGGAUUCAAUCAAAAUCGACGUGCUUCUAAUGAACAAGGAUUUGAUCGUUCCGCUCGACGUGAUUCAUUUGAGCAAUUUCAACAUCCUUUACCAGGUACUCCAGUUAAGUAUCGUCGACGACCAAUUUCACCUCAACUAUUACAGCCAAGUGCCUCUUCUCCAGCUUUUGUUGGUCAACAUCCGGUACCUGCUUCUCCUGAUAUGCUCCGCCUUCAUCAACAACAGGUACAACAAGCAAAGCAGCAAGCACGACAUUUUAUGAGGCAGCAGCAAAAACAACAACAGCUACAACAGCAACAUAUACAACAACAACAAUUACUACAACAACAGCAACAGCAACAUAUACAGCAACAACAAUUACUACAACAACAGCAGCAGCAGCAACAUAUACCACAACAUCAUCCACAGUUCGAUAGAAUGGUGCAGCCUCAGGCUCAAUUUUAUCCUCAAUUUCAACAUCCUCUCUACCCAUCGAUGUACCCUAAUGUAAAUAUGCCAAAUUGGUUUAUGAUGCCACAACCGCAACAACAACGUAUGUAUCCAUUCUUUUAG